AUGGCGGCCCCCGUGUCGUCACGUGAUGCUUUUCCAAGAUGGCGGCGCCCAGGCUUUCCCGCGCAUUCCGGCAACAAGAUGGCGGCGCCCACGUUUUCCCGCGCUUUCCGGCAACAAGAUGGCGGCGCCCAGCGGCGACUUCCGGAGCUAGUCGGUGGGCACAGAAUGGAAAUCUCCUGGAUUUGGCUCCUGGUGCUGCUGGCGGGGACAAAGGGACAGCAAAAAUCCAAAGAGCCCAAUUCCCAUUACGUGGUUUCCCUCAAAGCUUUCAACAACGCCGGCCCAGGAAUUCCCCUCUAUGGAAGUGCAACCACCAAAGCUGCAGCCCCGAGUUCUCCUCCCAAGGAUCUCACGGUGAUUUCCCGGCAAGGAAAAUUCCGGAACGCGGAGCUGAGCUGGCAACCCCCAGUGGAAGCAAACGGGAAAAUUACAGGUUAUACAAUCUUUUAUUCACCGAGAAAAAAUGCUCCAAUCUCGGAAUGGAUCCCUCAGGCUGUGGGAGCCGAGCGCCUUUCCCAGCCCAUCCCUGAGGCCUUGCUGGACUCCGGAUCCUUCUUCAGAAUCCAGGCCAGGAAUUCCAAGGACCGGGCCCCCUCUCCGAAUCCAUCUAUUACCGUUCGCCUAAAGGUUCCCAUUGGUGAAAAAACCCCAAAUUCCAACCCUGGGGUUCUGCUGUUGAUCCUGGGAAUUUCUGGAGGCGUCUCCGCAGUGGCGGCGGCUGUGGGAGCCUGGAUCUGCUCCAAGAAACACCAGGAGAGGAAAAAAAAGAAUCAAGGCAAAAGAACCCUGAGCCAGACCGAGCCCAGACCUCCGGAUUUGUGGAUCCACCACGAGGAAAUGGAGCUGAAAAAUGUGGAAAAAACCUCAGAAAAUUCAAAAGCGACGGCUCCAAACCCCCAAGAAAUCCAAAACGAACCCAAAAAUUCAGAAAUGGAACCGGGAAAUCCAAAUAUUCCACAACCAGUUCCUGAGCCUGAACAUUCUGGAAUCGGCCGCAGAGGAAAACUCAAUGCUGCAGUGGUGAGUGGAAUCCCAGUGCCCAACCCGGAGCCGCCGUUUCCCCAUUUGCCCCUGAGGCCGCUGCCUUUCCCCAGCUUGCCCAGUAAAAUUUUGGGCGAAUCUGAGGCGGGAAAUCCCGAGGAAAUUCCCAGCAGGAUCAUCCCCACCGCCUGCGUCCGUCCCACCCAUCCCCUGAGGAGCUUUGGCAAUUCUUUCCCGCCCAAAAUCUCCUACAAUUCCAUCCUCCAACAAGCCCCUUUCAAGCCUCUGCCUCCACGGCUCCGGAAGCUUCCGAGGACCCCAAGAAUUCCUUCAAUGUUUACGAGCAGGACGAGCUGAGCGAACAAAUGGCGAGCCUGGAGGGGCUGAUGAAACAACCUCAACGCCAUCACCGGAUCUGCUUUUUAAAAAAUUCCCAAAAAAUUCCCAAAUUUUCCUUCAAAAUUCCCCAAAAAUUUCCGAAAAAAUUUUGAAAAAA